GCUAGGGUUCGAUCUUCCCAUGACUACCGUAGAUUCACAUGCAUGUUAGACAUCUUUGCGACGGACAUGCAGUAGUAGCUUCAACUCGCGGCCACUAGCUACUCAUACAAGUUGUACUACAGUGGUGGGUUGGACGAGCAAUCAGCCGAUCCGAACGACCCCUCAACCAUGGCGCAUACUCAAAACCUAGCUCGGUCCCAGUGUUGUCGCAACCUCAUUUUUGUCGUCUCUCUUUGACAAGCCCUUCGCCGUGAAUUCCUUCGUCGUGAUUCUCGACCAUGGAUCUUCCUGUUGUUCCUGUUGUUCAUGUUGCCGCGUUGUCGGCGGCCGCCGGCGUUGUCUCGCAUCUGACUUACUUCAUACGUGGUGAACAUAUGCUCACAGCUUAUAUACUCGUUAUAAUCACUAUCUUGAGUCCGCCCACUGCUGUCGCAGUCCUCACGAUGCUCGCUGGGUUACCGUUUUCCUAUGCUGCUCGGCUUACUGUCAUCAGCUAUGGCGCAUACGUGACGACGCUCUUCACAUCUAUCCUAGUAUAUAGAGCCUUCUUUCACCCUCUGCGUCAUUUUCCCGGCCCCAAACUGGCGCGAUUAUCGCAAUUCUACCAUUUCUUCCGUAUUAGGGCCAAGGUCGACAACUACAGACACCUCGAUCGCCUACAUGCGCAGUAUGGCGAAUAUGUGCGGGUUGGGCCCAAUCUGCUCUCCAUUUCCGACCCUAGUAUGAUCGAGAUCAUCUUUCAUCCUCAGAGUCAAUUCAACAAAGCCGAGUGGUACGAUAUUGCCAACCCUCUGCUCAACUUGGUGCAACUGCGAGACAGAGCCGAGCAUGAUAGACGGCGGCGCCAUGGUUGGGACUUGGCGUUUACGACGAAAGCUCUUCGUUCAUAUGAUUCACGCGUCCUCAAGUACGCGGACCAAUUCGUCACACAAAUGCAGAGAAGAGUAGGGCAAGCCGUUAACGUUACAGACUGGCUCGAAUGGUACGCCUUUGAUGUUAUGGGUGACCUUGCCUUUGGACGUUCUUUUAAAGCAUUGGAGCACGGGAAGUCCCAUAUCUACAUUGAUACGAUGCACCAGACGAGCGCGCUGCCGCUCGGGUGCCUAGGCACAAUGCCAUGGGUAAUCCAAACUAUGACGGCGUUGAUACCUCAAAGAUUGAACCCCUUUAUGACCCUAGUACGCUACAGCAACGAGUGCAUAGAAGAGCGCAAACAGAGGAAACCUGCGGAGCCCGAUAUCAUGACACCAAUUCUAGCAGCUGGUCCCUUCUACGAAGAUCCCAAGGCAGAUGCCCUCCUACUCCUGGGCGAUGCAAGGCUUAUUAUUAUAGCGGGAAGUGACACGUCUGCAACUACGCUAAUACACUCCUUUUACGAAUUGGCGAGAGAUGCAAACGUAGUACAAAAGAUUCGCGACGAACUUGAACAGCAUGGGAUCCGAAAUGACGAUAGUCUAUCUGUCACAGGCAUCCAGCACUUGGAAUACUUGAAUGCCUUUAUUAAUGAGACAUUGAGAAUGCAUCCGACGAACCCGGGCGGCCUCUUCCGCUUGACCCCCCCUGGCGGCGUCGAGCUAGGUGGCCAUUACUUGCCAGGAGGAGUGAAGAUAGUGAACCCACAUUAUUCGGUCCACCGUUCGCCGAAAGCUUUCGUAGCACCCAACGAGUUCAUCCCUGAGCGAUGGACGACGAGGUCGGAACUAAUCCGGAACAAAAAGGCGUUCACUCCGUUCUCGCAGGGCCGAUUUGCUUGUAUCGGCAGGAAUCUGGCCCUUAAUGAACUCCGUGUGGUCAUCUCAAAGGCAGUACUCGAAUUCGACAUCUCUUUUGCUCCUGGUGAGACGGGGCGGGCUCUGUUGGAAGAUUCGAAAGAUAUAUUCACGAUGUCGCUAGCGAGGCUAGAACUUCGUUUCACCAAGCGUUUGCAGAGAUAGAAGCCUUAGCGAUUUUGAAUUGAUACCCAUUUGCUUCUUCAAUUAGGUGGUCUCUGAGCUUGUUAGAUCCACGAGUUCUCAACGUGACACAUGUGGUUUACUUAAUUAUGAUAUAUAAGCCUCCGUGUAAUGGGUUGUGUGCUCUUGAUAGCCAGCAUUAUAUGUGAAUCAGUAUCCAUGUAUCUACAAGUUCUGACUAGGUAUGUGGACUUGACGGCCGCCCGAUAGCGCGGCCUAAACCCAACGCCCAUAAGCGGCACUCUCACAGGGUGAAAUGGAAAAGCAAUUGCUGAAGCUCUAUAUCCAAGUUAUGGCUACCGAUGUAAUUUGGUAUAAAGACAGUAGGUACCUCAUAAAAUACGGAGCAAUAUCAGGGGUACCUACCUACUUUACAUAGGUAUGUAGGAAAACAGUACACAUUGUAAAUACUGUACUGUAUGUAGUUAGAUACCUAGGUAGACCUAAAGUUAGGUACUCAC